AGCUGAGAUCCCCACCCCCCCCAUCUGGAUUCUUUAGCUAUUUACCCUUGUUUGUUUAUAGUUUUAGCAUCUUCAACUUUGUGCAAAGCUCGAUCAAGCCAAAUUAAUCAUGGAUUUUACCUCUAUAGAAUUGAAGGUAAUCUCGUGUAAAGAUCUCAUAUCCUUCAAUCUCUUCCGGAAGCUAUCGGCCUACGCUGUCGUUUCACUUAUCAAUGAUAAUGAAGUGAAGAAAAACCAAGAGCAACAACAUCUACAGCGUCAAAAAACUCCAGUGGACAGAGUUGGAGAUGGGAAUCCUGAGUGGAAUCAUGUCGUGCACUUUGAUCUUAAACACAUCUCACAUCGUGAUCACUGCAAUCAUUUUCUCCUCAAAUUUGAGCUUCGCAGUGAAGGUAUCGUUUUUGGAAACAAAACCAUCGGUCAAGUCCAAGUUCCUCUCAAGGACUUGAUUGAUGAGUUUAAUGGACCCGUGAGGUUUAUCAGCUACCAAGUUCGAACUUGUGAUAGUAAUAAGCCUACUGGGGUCUUGAAUUUUUCUUACAAGAUAAAUGGGAAAACCAAGAUUGUUGAAGCUAGUGACAAGAUAAAUGGGAAAACCAAGAUUGUUGAAGCUAGUGACAAAGUUCAUUCUCCAACAACCGUGGAAGUUCAGAAUCAGUCGAGGGAUAUACGAUAUCCUUCAUUGGAAGAUGUUCUUUCUCCUCCACCUCCAAUUAACAUCCCUUCCCCCAAGCUCAACCAUUGGAUACCAGGAUCACCAUCACUGAUGCCACACUUAGCUCCUACCGGCUACCAUGGAGUGCCUUAUCACCCAUAUCAUCCCAUGCCGUCUAUUCGAAUUCCGGGGACAUACUGGUACACGCCAGAGUCAAUGAGUUAUGGUUACACACUUACACCUUGUGUGGAUACUCAGGGGUUGGACAAUUGGGGAAGGUUGAAGAUGAUGCAUCCAAGAUAGGAGUAGGGAAUGGGAGCUCUUCGUAGCUUUGUGGACUACUAGUGUGCUUAUCAUGUGGGCUUGCAGAAUAAUUCUAGGGACAACCAAUCAUACACCAAAUUUCACAACUUGUUGAUUUGUGCAAUUGUGAGUGAUAAACAUUUUCUGCUUUUGCGACUCACCACUUUACAUAAAUCACUCACAAUCUCACAAUCUAACAAGUUGUGAUCGGGGCUUGUAAGUUGUUACUAGUGUAGUUGCACGCCUUGCACUUGUAGGGAACUAUGCUGUUAGCUAUAGCCUAUAAUAUCCUUGUUAGCUGUAAUGCCUGGUUUUAUUUUGAUGAUCAAAUAUUGUAUCCCGUUUGCAAUGAUACUAGGUCGAUAUCAAUGCAAUCCCUUUUCUGA